UUUGCGCACAACCAGGACAAACUGGUCAGCCCACGCCCCACGAAAUCAGUUUCACACGGGUCAAGUGAGAGCGCUAAUUGAAUUGCAGUCGAGCCCGUAAAUUCACUUAUAAACGCUAUUUCAUGUGCAAAAAAUUUCUAUAAAAGAGUGAGCGUAAAACUCAAAAUAAAAUUGUAAAACCUUGGCCGCAGUUUCCGCUUUGCUGAAACAAAAAAAACAUUAAAAACCCUCAAAAUCGUGGAGAAACAUACUCAGUGAUGGCUUACACGAAGACACGGAGAACCUAUGGCUUCCUGCUGGUGCUCCUCAUUCUGGGCAGCGCCUGCGGCAGCUUGGUGGCCAGCGGCAGUGCCGCCAGUCCCGCAUCCAAUGAACCGGGAGGCGGAGGCCUCUCCGAACAGGUGGUACUGGAUCAACUAAGCGAAAGUGACCUGUAUGGCAACAAUAAGCGCGCCUGGCAAUCGCUCCAGAGUUCAUGGGGCAAGCGGUCAUCAGGCGGAGAUUCAAGCGAUCCGGACAUCUACAUGACCGGACACUUUGUGCCGCUGGUGAUUACAGAUGGCACCAACACCAUCGAUUGGGACACCUUUGAGAGGAUGGCCAGUGGACAAAACUCACAGCAGCAGCAACAGCAGCCAAUCCAGCAGCAAUCGCAGUCUGGCGAGGAUUUGGAUGAGCUUGGAGGCGAGCCGGAUGUGGAGAAGCGGGCCUGGAAGAGCAUGAAUGUGGCAUGGGGAAAGAGGAGGCAAGCACAGGGAUGGAACAAAUUCAGGGGCGCCUGGGGCAAGCGCGAACCCACCUGGAACAACCUUAAGGGCAUGUGGGGCAAACGCGACCAAUGGCAGAAGCUUCACGGUGGUUGGGGCAAGCGCUCCCCAUUGCCCAGCAACUAAUCCCGCCCAGAAUCGUCAGAGGAAAUCUUAACCAGAGUAACUAAUCCACCUGUAUCUAACCGUAUAUAGCAUGUGUGUUUCCUCCACGGAGGCUCCGUUCUCAGUGUCCAUGUCUCAUUAAGAUGUCCGGAAAAUCUCCCGGUCCCGGGCCACUGAAAGUCAAUUCCGAAAAUGUAUGAAAGCGCUCGCCACCGUCACCGGAUCUAGAUGACAUGUGAUCCGGAUCGUCGUCUUGAUCAGCCAGUAUUAUAUGCAUUAUAUCAGUAUGUCUAGUCAACUAUCCACUCUAGCACCUAGUCUCCAAGUAUACAAGAGGACCUUUCGGAAGAAUACCGCUUUAAUUUAGAAACGUUAACUAAGUUAAUGAAUUGUGCAUAUACAUUUAUACUUAAAUAUACAUAAAUACCUACUAAAUGGCAACUAUCAAUAUUAAAUACAAAUACGUUGAAAGUA